AUGACGCUCAAUGAUAGCAUCAAUAAGCACAUGCCAAAUGUCGCCAAACACUUACGAUCCGGAGGCUACCGAUUUGACUACUGGUCCGUCUUGCCCGGACAGGGUGACUACUGGGACCCCGAGUUCAUCGAGUCUGAAGGGGAGAAGAUUGAACCGGGCUACGUAACCGAUAUCAUCACUGACAAGUCGUGGGAAUGCGAUGACAAGCACAAAGAUCUUUACAAAGAAAAGAUUCGCGUCCCAGAGACCUACAACGACGACUACAGGAACCGCGCCCAGGCGGCCAAAGUGGCCAAGAUGCGCGUAGCAGAGGACAUGACCUACCAGGAUCUCGGGGUCGUCCAGCCUGACGGUGGCAGCCGCGUAGGCGAGCGUGUCGUUCAAGAGUCAGGAUCAGCGCAGCGUAAAAUUCCGACAAAUGCUACCAAACUCAUCGAUAAAGACGACGGCACGGUAUUCACAUUCUCCAACGAGGCUGAGCUAUCUGAAUUCAAGUUCCAGCGCUACAUGCAGCGUUAUCUCCGCGUUAUCCAGUCGGUUGAUGACAAUGUGGGCCGGAUGCUUGAUUAUCUUGACCAGAACUGCCUUGCCGAGAACACUAUCGUGAUUUACACUUCCGACCAAGGCUUCUUCCUUGGUGAACACGGUUGGUUUGACAAGAGGUUCAUGUACGAGGAGUCUUUCCAGAUGCCCUUCCUGAUCAAAUAUCCUGCAGAAAUCAAGGCCGGCUCGACCUGCAACGAUAUCAUCUGUAACGUCGACUUUGCCCCAACGUUUUUGGACUUUGCGCGUAUCCCCAUGCCCAACUACAUGCAGGGAGUAUCGUUCCGGGACCUUCUCCUCGGCCAAACGCUCGCGGACUGGCAGCAAAUUGCCUACCACCGCUACUGGAUGCACAAUGAUAUUAUCCACCAUGCUCGCGCCCAUUACGGCGUAAGAGACCAGCGAUACAAGCUCAUGUAUUGGUACAAUGAAGCCCUGGGUGUCUCAGGAGCUAGACCAGGCACAGAGGACGAGAAGGAGUGGGAAUUAUUCGACUGUAAGAAGGAUCCUCUCGAGCUGUUCAAUGUCUACAACGACUCAGAGUACCAGCAGACUGUAGCGCACAUGACUCAGCUUUUAGAGCUGAAGAUGUCGCAAAUUGGUGAUGAUCCGGUUCACAAAACGCUUGAGAGCGCUUGA